ACUGGAUGCUGCAAGUAAGUUGAAGGAAGCCUGACACCUGACUUAGAUGUAGAGAUCAUGGAGGGGCUUUCAAAUGGGGGUCACGAGGGCCAGAACUAGGUGUAGGCAGAAGAGGCACCUACCUAGAGCACAUAAAUACGGGGGAGCUGAGCAGUCUUAAAGGUUUCUUCAGGUAAAGAACCCCUGGAGCCAUUUACAAUGGAAAGGAAGAUUCUGUGUGAAAGAUGAAAGAAGCUGGACUCCAGAAAUCCUAAACGUUGAUACCAGGACAGCACAGAAAAUUGACAAUGGUAAUAUAGGCAGGGCCGAGCCAAGCCAGCCAGCCCCCUCGCACCCCCUGCACACAUGUACAACCACAGGCACGCGCACGCACAAGAGCACAUUGCCGGCAAGAGAGGACAAGGGUCAUGACUAGGGGUAUUUUCUGGAUAACAUGGGAAGAUCUACGAGUGAGAUCUACUUGAGUGGAAACCAAAGUCUUUUGAAGAAUCCACCUGCAUACACAGGGGAAAGCCUUAACUACCAAGCACGUAGUACUUACGUUCUUGGCUGUAAAGGGCCUCUCUCUGCAUCUGCGGCGAUUGCCGAUUCAGCAGAGGCUUCCGGUGGCUCCCAACCCCCUAGGCAACGAGCAGGGACACCGGAGGGGGAGGUCACGUGGGUCCUGCGACGCCAUUAUGCAGACACGUGUCUGCUCUGUGCUGCGUCUUUUGCUUGCCUGCUCCAGCGCGAUCAGGACUUCCUGCUGCGUGGACUCUGCUGUAGGACCCCCCUUGGCUGCCCAGGACCCUCCUGGACUUCAGAACGGCAGUACAGUGUUGGCUUUGAAGUCAUUACAGUGUCGACUACAGGAGACCCUGGGCCCUCUGGUUUCCAGAAAAAGAGCAGCGGUGACUACAGGUGUGGUUUCUGCUACAUGGAACUGGAGAAUAUCCCGGCUGGUGUCUAUAACAUUAUAACUACUACAUUUCUGCCUGCCCAGGAGGGACCCUUCUUUUUAGACUUCAACACCGCAUUAGCCAUUAAGGUGACCCAACUCCAGUGACCCGGGAAUUAAAAUCCGUUCUUCCAAGUGACAAAGAUUUGCAAGCAGAUUCCCAGUUCAAAGAGGCAUGAAAGAUCCUGCAUUUCCCUGAUGUGACAUUGUGCAUCUCCAGUACGGCUCACAGUCUUGUACAAUCAGAAUCUUCAAGGGAGUUGGGUACCACAGACAGCCCAAAUGUAACUUGUACUUGAAUCUUGUUUCAAAGGAUAGUGCUAUAAAACAUAUUUUUUCAA